UGACUGCAUUCGCAACCUUUUGGACGAUCAGUGCCUGCGCCAGGCUUGCCAAUGCAACAAAGGUCCUAAGUUCUUGGGCGACUGAUCGUUUGGAUCAGUUGUCACACGCCACUACAUGAAGUCUUUGCAUUUCUUAGGGCUUUGAGGACGGCAAGUUGGAGUUGAACUUUAUGCUUCUGUUGGUCAAACGUGGGAGAGAGAAGUGCUGAGGCGGAAUGGCUGCAAGCUCACCUUUGCAGCUCGCUAGCUGCAAAGGAUCUUGUGCCAUUGCAAGUAGCACAUGGAACAGGCCUGGGGGACCUGGUUGGGCAGCAGGAGAGGGUGGCUGUGCUUUGAGGAUAGUUCCUGCCACGGGGUACAUUUUGGGAAGAGGUGGCCUGCGUAGACUCAAUUCCUGCAAGCUACCACUGAAAAGCGCAGCCGGUAUUCUAGGCACUGGCCAACUGCUCACAGCUAGCAGCGCGAAAGCAGCAAGUCAGACGUACGAACUGUCCUUAGAAGAAGCAGCCUCUGUGCAAGUUGGAGAAGCCGACACGUCGGUCGAUCAGAUUAUAGCGUCACAAGACUCACUCAAAGAUGUGGCUGACGCAUCUCAGCUUAGUCUAGAUGAUGUUGUUGACGACGCAAAGGAACGCGCCGCUGACGUCGUGGGGGGUGCGCAAGAGCUGGCCGCUGAUGUCAUGGACGACGCCAAGGAGCGCGUGGAGGACGUGCUCGAAGGAACUAGGAACUUGUUCGAGGGUUCAGGGGAGAAGGCGGGUGGAGCCAUCCAGGACUUUCAGAGCGGCUUUGGUGAUUGGGUAGACAGCCUGUCAAAGCCACAGGGCGGGGAGGCCCUUCAGGACCCUGCAGAGGGUGCCCAGGAUAAGGCUGAGGAUGCGGGGGACGCUCUACAGGACCUUGUCGAGGGGACUCAGGACAGGCUGGAGUCUGUGCAAGACGCCUUCAAAGCGUUCGCUGACAAGCUAACCAGCAAGUCCGCCGAGUCCAUCACGGACGCAUCAGAACCUGCCCUAAAUGCAGGAGAGCCCUCAGCACCGUCCAUUGAAAAUCUUCCUGAGGAGCUGUCGGCACCGACACCUCCAAGCGUGCCCGACAGCGCACAGACCAUGCUGGAAUCUGUUGACAAGGUCUCGCCCAGCGUUGUCGAGGAAGCAGCCCCGAGCGCGAUAGAAGGGGUGCAAGGAAGCGCUCCAGUGGCAGCGGAGGAAGGGGGGCAGGCGAUCACAGGCGCACUGUCGUCUUUCCAGGAGUCUGCGUCAGACUCGGUCACUGCGGCGCAGGAGAGCGUUUCAGAUGCAGUGGAUAGCGCGGGGGCAGCGCUUGGGGCAGGGAAGGCAGCAGUGGAUGAUGUGCUUCAAGAUGCGCAGGAGACUUUCAGCAACACGGUCAGCGGCGCUACCGGCUUUGUCGAAAACUCCAUCACUGCGGCCAAGCAGUCCCUCGACGGCAUCAAGAACGGCUUUUUUGGCGCCGUGCAAUCAGCCCAGGAUACCUUCUCCAACACAGUGAGCUCAACCACCAAGUCAGUGUCGGGGGCGGGCUCCCAAGUCUCCUCUCAACUCACAGCUCAAGCCGAUAGCAUCCUCGAGCCAAUCAGGGGAAUCGGACGGCCGUUGAAGAGCGCAAUCGAGCAAGCGUCGGCGGGAGUGACCGACACGGCGGCCAGGGUCUCGCAAGAGGUGGAGGGGGCGCUUCCGCCGGAAGUGCGGGAAGUGCUCGUAAGCGUGAAGAAGACGGCGGGGGAGCUGAGCGGGCCGCUGCAGGAGGUGCUCAAAGAGGUAGGAAAGGUUGCAGGCAGCUUGGUGGUGAGCGCAGAGGAGGCGGUGGGCUUCAACCCGAACGACCCCGCAGUCACAGCUCUGCUCGUGGGUGGCGGAACUCUAGCGCUAGUGGUGACCUGGUGGUUGAGAGAAAAGGCGGGCUACGGGGGCGAUCUGACCCCCGAAGAGGCGCUUGAGUUGCUUCAAAAGGAGCGACAAGCGCUGCUGGUCGACAUCCGGCCCCAGAAACUGAGGGAUUCGUAUGGCAUCCCCGCUCUAAAACGGGGUGCCAGAUUCAAGCAGGCCAGCGUUGAGUUCGAGAAGCUGGACAACAGCGUGCGGAAACUGGUCGGCGAUGCGGCAGCGGUCGAGUACCAAAUACUGGCCGCCAAGAUCAAGGGGCUCAAGAACGUCGGGUCCGGCAGCACGGUCGUUGUGAUGGACGACAGGGGCGCCGCCUCCAAGGACGUUGCCCGGGCAGUCGCCCGCGCGGGUGUCAAGAAGGCGUAUCGGUUAGACGGGGGCUACGCUGCGUGGGCCGCCAGCCAGGCGACCAGGGAGGACGUCCCGGAGAAACCCGUCGCCAUUCUCAAGGAGGAGGCAGCAUUCAUUGCGGAAGAUACGGGGGUUCCUGCUCCGCUCCUCGCGACUAGCAUCGCCUCGGGCGUGGUUUUGGGGUCAUGGGCGUUGUGGGAAUGGGAGAAGACGCUGCAGCUGAUUGCGCUCAUCGGUAUCGCCUCCAGCAUCUACUCGCGCGUGCAGACCUAUCAGAGCCUGGACGACGUCAAGGCGGAUCUCAGGCUGCUGCAGCGGCCGGUCCAGUUGGGCACUGGCGCCAUCAUCUCCCUUUUCGGCCUGGUGGACAAAGCAGCAGGCAGUCCCCAGCUAGCAACGUCAAGCGGCGGUGCAACGCAGGCGUCGGAGCAGCGGCCAGUUGUUGACAACGAAGAGUUCGACGAUCCUGUAGAACAAGAGGAGGAAGAAAAGCAGGAAGUUCCUGUGCCAGCAGCGGCCCCCGUCAGCACGGGAGCCGCUGAUCAGGAGUAGACUGUCGAAGUUUUGCUACUGUCGAAAGUUGUACAUGCUUUCGGUUUGCUUUUGGGGUCAGGCUUUUGUUCAAAAGCAACACCCUUGACUUGAUGAUUGAGCACGUCAAAGUCCUAGAUCGUCCUUGUGGGUAGUUUUCGUGACACUUGUGACUUUUGCACUGGUCUGGAGGUGCGUCAGCAUGAGAUGUAAGUGCACCUAUCUGUCGCCUUUCAACUACUGUUCUCGC